AGAGUGAAGUUGGCUGUGAAUAAGUUGACAUCGAAAUGAAAAUGGCGUAGGAAAUGUUUCCAGUGAUAAGUUAAUGUUUUUGUGUUUUUACCUAGAAAAAUCAUCACUUUCCACUACAAAAACUAUACAAUUUUGUAAAUUAGAAGAUUCUUUAGAAAAAAAGCAUCUAGUUUGGGGCAACGAUGGAAGACGAGAAUAUUCAGGACAAGGAGAGAUUUGCCAGUAGGGAGAAUCACUGUGAAAUUGAGAGGCGACGCCGCAACAAGAUGACUGCAUACAUUACUGAACUCUCGGACAUGGUGCCCACUUGUAGUGCCCUCGCCAGAAAACCGGACAAAUUGACGAUUCUCCGGAUGGCUGUGGCACAUAUGAAAGCAUUGAGGGGAACAGGAAAUACUAGUACAGAUGGCACCUACAAGCCCUCAUUCCUUACUGACCAGGAACUUAAGCAUCUGAUUUUAGAAGCUGCAGAUGGAUUCCUCUUUGUUGUGUCGUGUGACACGGGGAGGAUUAUUUAUGUCUCAGAUUCGAUAUCCCCAGUGCUCAAUCAUAGUCAAAGCGACUGGUAUGGAACUUGUUUCUAUGACAAUGUCCAUCCGGAUGAUAUUGAGAAAGUGAGAGAGCAGCUUUCCACCCAGGAGCCUCAAAACAGUGGAAGGAUUCUCGAUCUAAAGACGGGAACGGUGAAGAAAGAAGGACAUCAAUCUUCCAUGAGAUUGUGCAUGGGCUCCAGGCGUGGUUUCAUCUGCCGAAUGCGUAUUGGGAAUCUCACGUCGGAGAAUAUGGCCACGGGGCAUUUGAAUCGCCUGAAGCAGAGAAAUUCUCUGGGUACAGCGAGAGAUGGCAGGAAUUAUGCUGUUGUACACUGUACCGGAUAUAUAAAGAAUUGGCCACCAACUGAUAUGUUUCCGGGUGUUCAGAUGGAUCGUCAAGUGGAUGAUGAGAUCCAUGCCAGCCCAUGUUGCCUUGUGGCCAUUGGGCGUCUCCAGGUGACAUCCACUUCUAAUUUGUCAGAUUUGUCUGGAUCUCAGAAUCAGAAUGAAUUCAUCUCGCGUCACACGAUGGAUGGAAAAUUCUCUUUUGUCGAUCAGCGUGUGAUGAAUAUCCUGGGAUAUGCCCCAACAGAUCUUCUAGGAAAGCUCUGUUAUGAAUUCUUUCAUCCUGAAGAUCAGAAUCACAUGAAAGAAAAUUUUGAGCAGGUUCUUAAACAAAAAGGACAGAUGUUUUCCGUGAUGUAUCGCUUCCGAUCGAAGAAUCGUGAUUGGAUUUGGCUGAGAACUCAGGCUUAUGCAUUCCUCAAUCCCUAUACGGAUGAAGUGGAGUACAUUGUCUGCACAAACAGUUCAGCAAAAUCUCUCCAUGCAACACAAGAAAAUGUCACCCCAGAUCCCACAGAACAAGCAUAUCAAGCACCUGGAUUGGACUAUUCUCUUCAGAAUAGAAGAGAUCCUCCAGUUGUCAGUGGAGUGUACAAUCCCCAUGAAAUGAUUCCUCACAUUUCCAAUCAGAAUAACAUUCAGCGUCCGGGGAGUACGCAAACAACGGCUGCCUACAGUGGUUAUGAGAUGUCUUCUUCGCCAGUUGGGUACGCUUCUCCGGGAGCUCCGGCUAGUUCCAAUGCAGUAUUAGGACGUAUCCAUAAGAAUAAUACGACUUCUCCCACUCCGGCACCAACAGCCUGGCCCAUCAGACAGCAGCCUGUUACGGAAGGGUAUCAAUAUAAUCAGCUGAGUCCAUCGCGCUCUCCGAGUGGCCCAACGUAUACUCAGUUGAGUGGAGGGAAUCUGAGACCCAAUUAUCAGACAACGGAACCACCUCAUCCAAACACAAAUCUUUGGGGCUGGCAAGCUCCGAGUCAGCAGCCUGAACCUCCAGGACCGAGUUCUACAACCGCUACUGCCCACACUGUGUCCAUUGUGACACCCAACAAUCCUCAAGGACAACCGCAAGGUCAGGAACUCUCGGAUAUGCUGCAGAUGCUGGAUCAGAGUGGCACAACUUCAUUUGAGGACCUCAAUAUUAAUAUGUUCACGACGCCCUUCGAAUGAACUCCCAACGAGGAUCUUGCAGGUUUUUCCUCUUAUUUUUCCUAUCUUUUACCACGAUCUUCCUAACUACAUUUUUCUGUGCUUUCGAAGAUCUCUAUUGGCUCUCCUGGGAAUUAUUUCCCUUUUUCGUCUGAGUACUUAAAAAAUAAAAAAAACAGUGGCACAAUUGAUUGGAUUUUAGAGUGCAAGAAAAAUAUGAGAAAAAAAUAUUGAAAGAGAAAAAUGAUAAAAUUAAGGACCCCUCUUCUCUCUCAAUUUUAGUAAUGUAAUAUUAGUUUAUGCAUUUUACUACCUUAAAGAAAUGAUAACGACAAUUAGUUAAUAUAAUAAGUAAGAUAAAUUUCUUAAGUCUCAAUUUUUUGCAACAUAAAUGUAGUUAGAAUUUAAGGACUAUAAUUUAAAAUUGGUAAAAAAAAAUGAUAGAAAUGUAUUUUAGUGCGACUAUAUUUGAAUAUAAAUAUUUCGUAAGGGCAAUAUUUUAAGUGAGAAAAAAUAAUAAUGGAAAAUUAGAUGAAGAAAAUUUUCGUUGCAAUAGCUAAGUUAGUUUUUCUCAAAUUCCAACAAUUUAAUUUAAUGAAUUUUCUCUCUAAUUUUAGGUUUUUACUACUUAGAGAAUAUUUAAAAGUAUUUUUUUUUAAUAUUUUUUCCUAUUUGCAUUUUUAAAGCACUUGACCGAAAAAAAAAGAAAUCAGACACAUUUUUUUCUUUAAUUAAAAUAUAUUUAUGUACGAGAAUAUACUGUUACAAAAAAUAAUAUAAAUUACAAAUUGAUGAUAA